AUGCAUUACUACUGGCCUUCCACCUCGAGCUCCACUGCCAAUGACUUCCUAACGCCUCCGAGCAUUGCGGAAGCUCUGGACCUGUUGGAGGCAAAUGAUUGGAGCCUCUCAAGAGCUCAGGGAGCUUUCCCUUUCCUCAGAGCUAGACAAGCAAGGCUCGCUUCUUCAUCCUCUUCGCUCAAGGGUAAAUCUCCCGCAUCAUCUCGGGCCGGCUCUCCCUCUCCAGGAAUGGACAGUGGCUCCCAUUUGGGUUAUCUUGGACCUGAAUACACGGAGGAGCGCAGAGGUCGGCCAUGUGGGCACUACUUCCGCAAAGGCGAACCCAUCUGGAGAUGUAGAGAUUGCGCCAUUGAUGAUACUUGCGUGCAGUGCGCACCUUGCUUCGAUGGAAGUGUUCACAACGCUGAAGGUCACGAUGUCGUCUUCAGCGUAUGCGCUACAGAGGGCGGCGUCUGUGACUGUGGUGACGAUGAGGCUUGGAAGAAGGACGUGGGCUGUCGUUACCACUCCAAGAGUCAGGGAUCUACCUCAGAACACCAAACAGAUGAUGAAAUGGGUGAGGCAGAGGCAGAGGCGUCUAGCCACAAAAUUCACUCGAAGCUCUCCUCGCCUCGCUCGAUAGACCGCCAUCUCAUGAACGAGAUCUCUGCCUCUCUGAGAAGCAAGGACGUAGAUCCGGCUUUCGUCGACGCUUUGCAAGACGUCGCAAACCAAUGGUUAGAGUUCGUCCUCGCGACUGUUGAUCAUGCGCCAGAGGAGCAGACCCUCUUCUUGCAGUCCUUCAGCCGCUUCAAUCAGAAGAAUGCCCGAGACCUGAUAUGGAACUCAGAAGAUCUGGAGACCUGGGGCAGCAGGAAUGAUUCUGACGACGAGGAGGAUGAAGACGUCAAUGGAGAGGAGGAAGGGUUAAUGCCUUUCAUCAAGUACAAGGAUGUUCCCGAGGGCUCCGAAGCGAAGACCGCGCCGGGAGAGAAGGAUAGUGCCUACUACAACAGGCAAUACAACCAGAUGCUGAAAAGAAAUACGACGGACUCCUUUAAAAGGCGUCUGAAAGAGGUCCGGCGGCUCAGGAGACAGGGGAAGAUUCCUGCUGAUACGCAGCUGCCACGCAAAUAUGCUCUGAUCCUCUGGAACGACGAGAGGCAUACGUUCAAGGACGUCAUCGACACGGUCAAGGAUGCCAUUGGUGUCAGCGAUGAGGAAGCUAGGGGAGUGGCUGAUCGAGUCGACAGGCAUGGAAGGGAUGUCCUCAUCGUCAGCGAUUCGGUCGAGAAGCUCGUCAGUGCUGCCAGGCGCAUGGGAGGCAUCAAUCUCAAGGUGACGAUACGCCCGGCGUUCGAUGUCUAUUGCGAAGAAAUCGUCAACAAGCUCUUGUGGGUUCUCAAAGACCUUGCGGAGGCCUCCAUCUACGUUCCACGAAAUGAAAGCGCCUCGAAGCCAGAUUCGACCUUUAUGCCCUCGCUCAUCACCUUUGGUCUAUUGCAAGAGUGGCCCAUCGAUUGUCGUCACGAGGAGUCUUUCUAUACUCCGCGUAUGGACAAGGACGCAUUCGAUGAUGACAAUCUCAAGAAACUCGAUGGCCUACUCUUGAUGGACUUCAAGAUCUGGAAGGAGGGCCGAUCGUGGUUGCGGCAACUGUGGCUGAGCUUGUGCAAGAUCAGUACCGGUAGACGAGGAGUCGCAUCACACUACGCUUUCUCAUACAACAAGAUCAUCGAGAUCUCCAUCUUCCGAGAUCGAGAGCCGGAGCAUUCGAUCAUCCUCUUGACCGUGCAGCUCUUCUCGGUGCCCUCGGUCGCAUUCGAGCUGGUCUCGAAAUUUGACUUCAUGCGUCGUCUCCAUGACCUUCUCAUUUCGCUGAUGACUGGUGGCCUCCGGCCCAUGAUCAAGGCCCUCGAAGUUCCGCCGAGUCCGCCUCGACGCAUACGACCGGUGGAAGAUGCCCAGCACCCCAGGCUCAUCCCGCUACUACGUCACGUCCUCUACGAUAUGAAGUAUCUGAUCCAGUCCCCGGGAGUGCAGGAACUGAUCGUGCAAGAACCCAGGCACACCGCGUACCUCUUGGACUGGCUUCGCUACUUCAAUGCUUAUGCAUCCGAGGUGCGCGAGACUCAACAGCAUAUCGAAUUCGAUGGUGAGACGUGGGUCCUCAUCUUUCAAGUAUGCCAAUUGCUCGCCAAGGAGGCUCGUCUGUUCGGCCAGUCGUACCAGAAGGCUACUGUCGGCCAGGCCGUUCAAGCUCUCAACUACACUCUUGCAAGGGUACAUUACGAGACUAUCGCUUUGGCGCAUCACUUCAAUGAUGUGGGAACGAACCACAAAUGUAUUCCGCCGAUCAAGUUCCACGAAGUCGAGUAUGGCCGUUCCUGGUCUGAUCGUCAUCAGGUCAUCGACUUCAAGGUUGCCUCGCAGCACACUGCGUUCCAUCAUCCGAUGCAUUGGUUCCUCGCUGAGAUGAGCAAGCGAUUCAGUGGUCUGACUACUUCAGACCUCACUUCCUUGGGCAUCUCUUCCAUCCCCGAGCUCAUCAAUGGUCUUGACGAAGACGGACUGCUGGUAGUCUUCGACAUGUCCAUCCGUUGCAUAGUCAAGAUCUCGCAAGUCCGUGGAGGCUUGUGGGUCAGGAACGGUACGGCCACCAGAGGUCAGGCAGCUCACUAUAGAGACGUAACGGCAAGAGGUUCGAUGUACGACCAGGACGUAUUCCUUCUGCAAGCCGCGCUUGCACUCCUGCCUUCGCCGGACCGCUUCCUGGUCACCCUCCUUGACCGCUUCGAUCUUGUUGGAUACUUCUCGCAGAUAUCUGACGCAACCAGAGAAGAUGCGCAACUCAAGGCAGCUGCAGACGACUUCCUCUUGCUGCUCAUCACACUUCUGUCGGAGCCUGGCAAUGCUUGCGCGUGGAGCAUGGAACAAUUGAUUCGUCGAGAAUUGAUUCACUUCCUCGCGCUGGGUCAAGGGACCUUCUCGUCAACGACUCGCUUCAUCCCAGAGUACAUGAUCGACCAUCCCUCCUUUGAGAAGAUCUUGGCACAAGUCACUACCUUCAGGGGUCCUGACGGGACUACUGACCAAGGCAUCUACGAGCUCAAGGACGAGUGUUAUCGAGAGGUGGACCCCUUCUUCCAUCACUACACUCGCAACCAGAGGGAGAGAGCGGAGGAGCAGCUCAGACUUCGAGAGAAGAAGGCAGGAAGGUCUGCGGAGAGCUUGGUCAUCGUGCCGGCUCAGCAGUUGUCUUUGGAACCACAGCUCUUUGCCCGUUCGAUCUUGAGGGCUUUCACUGCACCCAGCUUCCGCUACAUUCUCUUCUCUGGCCUUGGCAACCCUCGUGCAUCGGAUGUGGAGGUCAACGAGACUAUGCUGGAGUCCAUUCUGCAUCUGAUCGUCAUCGGAAUUGUCGAGAAGGGCAGGGUGUUCGUUCGUGACACCCUUGCGUUGCCCAUCGACGACGAGAUAUCCGUUCUCUCUGAUCUCUGCGAGAUGGAGUCUCGGGUCAAGAAUCUUGCUCUGAAGGCCAGGAUCGCCUGGUGCUUAGAUCGAUGUGAGGAAUCAGAGAUAGCCAACGAGAAGCUGGACCAGCGUCGCGCUGCCAAGAAUGAUGCUGGCCUGGGUCAAGCAGGCGGGAAGAAAACUGCACCCUCUAAGAACUCUGCCGAAGCCAGGAAGCAAGCUGCGAAAGCUCGUCAAGCUGCCAUCAUGCAGAAGUUCAAGCUUCAGCAAAAUACGCUUCUGGAGAGUCUUGAGAAAGACGAGGCAGACAGUAAGACUAAGGUGGACGCUGACGAUUCGAUGGAAGUCGAUGCGAAAGGCGACACUACUGCUGUCAAAGGUGUCGAUGACGACAGCGACAUGGAAGCGGAAGCAGAGGAGGCGCUUGGCAGCUGUAUCAUGUGUCAAGAGCAGCUGACCGAAGACAGCUCCUUCGGUCGACUGGGCCUAGUGACUGCGAGCCGCACUCUUCGCACGACACCGCGCAACAAUCACAAAGCUCUCAAGGACGUCGUCGAUGUGCCCCUCAACCUCGACAGGGUGUCUCCCCACCUGGCCUCCAACGGAAGAGCUACGCACACGGCCAGCACAAGCAGUGGCGAGGAAGCUUCAUUCCAUCCUCUGAAUAAUCUCGGCACAAGUGGAGGCGGCUUCUCGAAAGAGGAUAACAAGACGGGAGUGCUCGCUUCUUCCUGUGGGCAUCUGAUGCACGUCACCUGCUUCCAAGCUUACUACCGCAACAUCGAGACCAGGCACUCGCAGCAGAUUGCGAGAAAUCAUGCCGAGAACUUGUCCAGGUUCGAAUUUGUAUGCCCCCUGUGCAAAAGCUUGGGCAACGUCAUCUUGCCAGUGCCGAAGUCUACAAGGAAGGUCAAAAAAGAGUCAGCUGGAGCAUCCUCGAGCGCGGACGGCUCGAUCGGUCAUCAAGAACUCGACAUGACGCCGAUCGGAGACUGGCUGCGCAAGAUCAACAUUGACAUCCUCAAGACGUCAGGGUCUCAGAGCGUGACAGGGGUUCAAGAAGGCAGCAAUGGCGGCACAGGAUGCUUUGUGUCCUGGUAUGCCGACAGCGUCCUUUCUUGGCUGCUCGACCGCGACUACGCCGCUAAGCUGCCAGAGGGCGUUGAUGGUUCGAUGCUGGUCAUGCUUGGUAGGCUUGUCGAUGUGUUGCGUCCCAUGAGUACCGCCUUGCGGCCCCAGCGGGUCGCUUGGCAGGCCAAGACUAUCUUGGCCCCACCGACCAGCAGAAAGAUGUAUCUGCCCGAUGAGCUGGUUGGCUACACUCUCAGCAUCCUGGAAGUCUCGCAGAGAGGUCAGGAGGCUCGAGGCAGCAGUGGUGAGGUUGGCAACGUCGCUUCCGCCAUCAGCGAUGGCUCGCUCGGUCUUCUACGAUCUCUCAUCUACUGUAUCAAGAGUAUUAUCUCGAUUGAUCAGCUCAACACCAACCUCGCCCCAACGGCAACAAGGAACUAUCAAGCUGCUCUCCGUCAGGGUCUGCUCAAGCGUCUGCUACCUCACUGGAGCUCUGACGAAGCGGUACGAUCGCCCUUGCUCCUGCGCGAACCUUUGUCAAUCCUCAUCGAGGCGGCAGCAAUUGUGCCUGAGUCGCUCAGUCAGGUGACAACACUAAUGUACUAUGCGACCCUAGUGCAGACUGUCUUUGGUCUCGCACAGCCUUCCAUCUGGCCUCAGGCUGCCGGUGGAGCAGGAGGUCCUAGUGCACUUCGAUCUCACCUGACUCCUCCAGAUGUUACAGACCAAGAGAAGGCUGCAUUGCAGGAGAUCUUCCCUGAUGUGAGGUGGACCGUGGGUCACAUUGUUGGCUUUGUCGGGUACGCCAGAGGGAACAUCACCCUUGGCGUGGACGGACUGGACGAUUUGACUUUGGCCAAGAUGCUGUGCACCUACACGUUGCCGUUCUUGCGUCGAGCUGCUAUCCUACGCAGGACCAUCUGCGGCGACAGUAAUAGCUCGCCUUCGGGUCUGGGAGAGGAGAGUCAAGCAGAGCCCAUCGAGUAUCUCCGCUUGCUGGCGGACUUGGGGAUCACCCCACCGGCCCAGGGUCUACCUAUACGUGCCGAGCGACAGGCGCCCAUCAGCAGCAUUGUCGAAGGCUGGAUUAAGCACGCCUACACGCCCUUGGCUUCGCUCUUCAGGCCACUACCGAUCAAUCCAUCCCCACUUGGAGGCGGCGCGAACGACCCCAACUCCCUGACCGUCGGCCAGCCCUCGGCGCAUCCCGCCCACAACCACCCCACUCUACAGCUGGAGCACCCGCACAUCUACGAGCUCAUCACUCUUCCCAAGGAUCUGACUGCCCUCCUUCAAUACUCGCAGCGAACCCCUUGCAAGAAGUGCAAGACGAGUCCCCCAGAACCAGCCUUGUGUCUACUAUGCGGUGAAGUUGUUUGCUACCAAUCCUUCUGCUGCAUGGAUGCCACACUACAGCGUGGUGAGUGCAACCUACACAUCAGUACUUGUGGCGGCAACUAUGGAAUCUUCUUCAAGGUCAAGACGAAUCUCGUCUUUCUCCUCUACCACUCCAAUGGGACAUUCAUCUAUAGUCCUUAUCUUGAUUCUCAUGGAGAGGUGGAUGUAGGGUUGCAAAAGGGACGAAGACAGACAUUGUACAUGAAGAGGUAUGAUGAAUUGAGAAGAGUGUGGUUGAGUGGUGGUGUGGGAACACUCGUGGCGAGAAAGACGGAGGCGUCGAUGGAUCCUGGUGGAUGGGAUACGACGUGAGGAGAGAUACAGAUGAGGGCAAGGGAGAGGCGCAACAGAAAAUACGAGAGUCUUGUAGCUAGCAUGCUCUUACACACACACACCUACACACACACACAAUCGAUCGUGGAUAAAUCCUU